CUUCACCUAAACGUUCAUGGCCCUCGCACGAUCCUCUUCCCUCCCACUCUCAUGAACCAACUCCGACUCUCCUUCGUGGCGCUGUGUUUAGUGGUAGGCGCGACCGCUGUCUGCGCGGCGCAGUGCCAGCUGCGCGCCGUCGAGAAUGGCGUGCAGGUGCCCUUCGCGGGCGUCGGGGAUAAUGGGACGCAGACCUCGUCUAGUGGAGCAACAGCGACCGCAACGGGCUCUGGAGCGUCCCCCUCAGCGUCCGCGACGGCGCUGCCGGCGUUCAAGUAUGGGACAGACCCGAUACGCGGGGUGAAUCUCGGCGGAUGGCUGGUCCUUGAGCCGUGGAUUACACCAAGCUUCUUCGAAGAGACGGGGAACGACGACAUUGUAGACGAGUAUACGCUGGGACAGCUGAUGGACGAGGACGAUGCGCGGAAAAUGCUCAAGAAUCACUGGGAGACAUGGAUCACAGAACAAGACUUCAAGGACAUUGCAGCAGCCGGCCUUACGCAUGUUCGCAUACCCCUCGGCUACUGGUCCGUCCCCAUGACCUCCGCCGACACCAACUACAGCACCUCCAUCUCUCCCUACCUCGACGGCGCCUGGCCCUACCUCCUCCGCGGCCUCAACUGGGCCCGCGCGCACGGCGUCCGUUGCAUCGUCGACGUCCACGGCGCCCCGGGCUCGCAGAACGGCUACGACAACUCCGGGCAGCGUACCGGGAACCCCCAGUUUGUCUCCGGCGGCGACAACGAGAACGUGGAGCGCACGCUCGACCUUGUUCGCUUUCUGGCGGAUAAUAUUGGGGGCAUGGUCGAUGUGCUGGAAUUACUUAACGAGGGCGCGGGGUUCCGUGGGGACGACUGGGCGCAAGCGAUUCGCGGGUUCUUUGAGGACGGGUACGAUGUGGUGAGGAAUACGGCGGGGGACGAUAUCAAGGUCAUGAUUGGGGAUGCAUUCCUUGGCGUGAACUCAUGGGACGGGUUCUUGGGGUCCGGGGAUGCACAGGGGGUGAUCAUGGACUACCACAUGUACCAGAUCUUCAGCAACGACGAGCUUCGGAGGUCCAAUGAUGAACAUAUCGAGUUCGCGUGCACCAAGAAGACCGAGCUCACGGGCUACGCGUCCAGCAACAUCUGGACUGUCGUCGGCGAGUGGUCCACCGCGCCCACGGACUGCACCAAGUGGCUUAACGGGCGCGGCGUCGGCGCGCGGUGGGAUAACACCUACACGACGGACGGCUCGGGGGAGUACUUCAAUCAGUGCGGGAACUACACGGGGAGCUACAGUGGGUUUUCGGAUGAUUAUAAGGACUUCUUGAGGAAGUACUGGGAAGUCCAGGUCGACAUUGGUGAGGCCGUGUCGGGGUGGGUGAUGUGGACGUGGAAGGCGGAGAACUCGGAUGAUUGGAGCUAUCAGAAGGGACUCGAAGGCGGCUGGAUUCCGUCGGACCCAGAUGAUAGGCUCUACCCGAAUAUCUGCUCAUGAGAGCGCAGUCGUGUCGCCCGUCGGGACUUUGUUUAGCAAAACCCAACACGGCCUUCGACUUCUUUGCCUCCCGAGCUGAUCAAUUGCUCUGAGCUUCUGACUGCGCUGAUUCGACUGAGCACUCGUCCAUCCCAUCUAGAGUCGACCGCAUAUAUGUAGCAUAUUUAUGAUGUACCCGCGGACGAAGCACCUCCCCGAGCGGACACUGUAGCAAACCUGAUGACACGCAAUGUUUAUAGACGACCAAGAUGACCACAUUGUUUCCCUCGUCUUCGACAGCAUGGCCAAUGGGCCAUGCAAAGCUGAUAUCUUACGGAGCGCUCAAGCGAAGACGCAGAG